UCGUCAACAAAUAAAAUCGGUGUGGUGAACUCUUACACAAGAGUCUAAAAUCGUCUUGCAUUGAGAUGUCAAAAUAAAUUAUAUUGUUUUCUUCGGUGUUUGCUGCGUCUAUUUCGGAACGAUACGCCGCUGGAAAUUUAGUUCACGUGGAUUUUAUACGCGAUGACGGCAAUUUGCUCAACAGAUAUUUUGAUAAAAAGUGUCAUCAAACCAAUUCAGCAUGGUGAAGGACCACACUGGGAUCACAAUUUGCAAGUGUUGUACUACGUCGACACAUUUCAGGCCACAGCUUUAAGAUGGGAUCCCAAAACAAAUAUAACUACUUCAUUUAAAGUCGAGGAACGAGAUUCGAUAGCAAUAAUAGUUCCUGUAAAGGGAACGAAGAACGAGUUCGUAGUUGGAGCUGAUAGAUUUAUUUACAAAGUUAACUGGAAUGGUUUGGAAAACAAUACGGCAAAGUUUCAAGAAAUUUUAAUGGUAGAUGAAUCAAAGCCAACCAAUCAAUUUAAUGAUGGAAAAACUGACUCUGCAGGUCGUCUGUGGAUUGGAACGCUCACAAGAAACACAGAUCAAUCGGUGACGAAUUAUGGGGGCACCUUGUAUAUCCUGGAUGGUAAGCGAAAGGAAGAGAGAAUAAGUAAAGUCAGUAUCAGUAAUGGCUUGGCGUGGUCAGAAAACAACAAAAAAUUUUAUUAUAUCGACAGUGAAGAAAGAAACGUAAAAGUUUACAACUUCGACUUGGCUAGCGGCACAAUUUGUAAUGGGGAAGUUCUGUUUACUUUGUCCGAUUAUCCUGACAUCGAGGGCAUUCCGGACGGCAUGACAAUUGAUUCCCAAAAUAAUCUAUGGAUUGCGGUUUACGGGGGCGGUUGCAUCCUCAAAGUGGAUACUAAAACCGGAAGCUUGCUCCAGAGAGUUAAAAUGCCGGUCAGCUACGUGACUUCAGUGGCAUUUGGCGGAGCCAAUUUAGACAAGUUAUACGCGACCACGUCGAGAUUUAAAUUGGACGAGGUCGGAGUGCAGCAGCAGCCUUUAGCUGGGUCAGUGUUUGAAUUAACUAAUCUUGGUGUCAGAGGGAAACCUGCCAAUGAAUUUGUGUAUCAGGAAAAAGAGUGUGGUAAAUAG